CUCUUUUGUGUACCUUUAAGGUAAUAGUAGUAAUUUUCCUUACUUUCCAAAUCUUGGUAGUACCCAUCGUGUGUAGGUUGUAGGAAGUGUACAAUUUACAACACCCAUUUGAUGUCAGCACGAUGCAGUCGGAAGGGCGUGCUAGUCCAAGGUAGAUAAAUAUCCCCUCAUCUGACGCUGCAGCUUGAUGCUUGAUCUAUCCACGCAGACACACCUCUCACACACAACAGAAUGACCACGACCAUCAAAGCCAAGGCCCUCCAGCCUGGCGACACAAUCGCAUUCAUCUCGCCAUCAGCCCGCCUCAACGAUGAGCUCCCCGCGGUCAUGAAGCGCGCCACCACCGCGCUCGAGACGCGGGGCUACAAGGUCCGCGCAUUCUUCCACAAGGACGCCGGUAUACAGCCCUCCAUCUCCAAUCGACUGGCCGAGAUCCGGGCCGCCUUCUCGGACGAGCAGAUCGCUGCCGUCAUCUGCACCAUUGGCGGCACCACGUUUACCGAGUUGCUGCCCGCCCUCAUCGCUGACACGGAGCUGCACAAGACCAUCCGGGAGAACCCCAAGGUUGUGGUCGGAUACUCCGACAUUUCAGGCCUGCACUUGUUCCUGCACGCGCUGACAGGGCUGCGCACGUUCUACGGCCCAGGCGCCAUCCCAGAGCUGGGUGAGGUCAGGUCCGCAGGGGACGACGACGAGACGUCUACCCAGGCCUUUUGCGAGAACCAUCUUCUACGGGCGAUUACAUCCCAGGAGCCGCUCGGCGAGGUCCCCCGAUCCAAAGUAUACGCGCCUCGCGCACCACACUUCUUCAAGGAUCCCUCGUCCACCAGUCCGACACCAGUCGCCCCCACACCACCGUGGACGUGGCUGCGACGUGGUCAGAAUCAAGGCAGGCUCUUUGGAGGCUGCCUGACCGUCGUGGCGCGCUUGCAGGGCGUGCGCGCCAUCGCCCCAGACUGGCGGGGCAAGAUUGUCUUUCUCGAGACAGCCAUGUCAGACGAUGACCAGCACGGCCCUCCCCUGUUUCGCGUGCAAGCGGCCUUUGCCGAUCUGAUCGCCGGCGGCGUCUUUGAGGAAGCGGCCGGUCUCGUGGUGGGGAGGCCGUUUGGCUACGACUCGGAAAGGCAAAGACAAGAAUACGCAGAUGUGAUCACCGGGCUGUUCUGCGAGGGCCGUUUGGCCGAGAAGAAUGCGUUUCCUAUCCUGUUUGGCGUGGAUUUCGGACACACCAUGCCGAUGGUGACGUUGCCGUACGAUGCUCUGGCCGAGUUGGAUUCGGAGAGGGACUCGUUUGCUGUGGUGGAGGCUGGCGUCGCGUAGGUCGGACGCCCUUGCAUCGUAGAUCAAAUCAGUAAUUCGUGUGCCACACAA